ACGGGUGUAGAACGACAUGAGGUUGAGUAAUUAAUGACAUUAUUUUCAUUUUUGGGUGAACUAACCCUUUAACAAUUAGCAUGUAGUAUCAAUUUUGGCCACUAGUGGAGCAUUAAUUAAAUUUUUUUCUUUAUAUAAAUUGCCCCAGGUCACCUUGCAGAGAAAUUAUGUAUAAGUGUUUUGGCAGUUUUGUGAUAGUGUAAGUUAUGUUGUGUGAAUGUUUUGUAUAACUAUAGUGAGGUGAUGCUGAAAUGAAUAGACAGCUGUUUUUAAUGCUUUUCGAUGCAUUUGAUGUUACCAUCGAUUGCCUUUCCUCUGUGUGCUCUCAGACAUAGAGACCUCCAGGAAAACACACACAUAUACGUAUAGACACUGAGCACAUCCAUGCAAACACAGCUCGUAAGAUCAUUCUAGCUUACAUCAUGGCCUGUCUGGCCCAGCCUGAGGUUUAUCUGUACAUUAUGUUUGCUUUCAAAUAAAAUUGAAUAAGAAACAAGAAAUUCCCCCUUGCUCAAGGAUGAGCAGGACGUGAGCAUCUCUCAGGGGGCUUGUGACUGACUCAAGGGGCUUGUUGUUCUCAGCUGGCGGAGGCAUGGGGGGAAGAAGAGCUGUGGAGGAAGUAAAUUACAUAGGGAGGGCUGGAAAAGUCUCUCUUCUUGUCGCAUUACUGCGCCUGCCGUCAAGGGCACUGUGGCUCCGGUUUGAGUCACUUCGCUCGGAGCUCCGCAUGGCCUUCGUUUCCUGCAGCCAAUGAUCAACAUUCUCUCUGUUUCAAUGACUCACAGCGAUAGUCAGAAAGCCCUCCCCUGUCUUCAUCAUGUCCCAUGACAGCAUCACAACCCACAAGAGAAGAUGGAAAAGUAAAGCAAUGUUUGUUUGAAAACAUACCUUUGGUUUUAAAUUGUUGUGUACGUUGGGACAAAUGAGAAGCACUGUGAACUUAUUAGACACAAAGAGAAUCCCUUGAGCAAAUUAAAGGGAUGGUACACCUAAAAAUGAUUAACUUAUUCCAAACCUGGAUGGCUUUUUUGUGCACUAGAAUAUAAAAGACGUUUGAUGAAAAAAACGGAACUGGCGUUGUGUCAGUUCUGUAAGUUGAAUAGGGAAGGACGUAGCGUAAGCUUUUUGAACUGCUAGAGUUUUACACUUUCUUCGUAAGAAGAAUGCGGAAAGUGGCCUGGCGGAAGCUACAUAUUUUACUUAAUGACUUGUUAAAUGUGGAUUUUUUGUUUUACACAAAUGCAUCGCUUCGUUUCAGAAGGCCCCUGGAGCCGUGUGGAAUAUGAUUAUAAUGGAUGGGUGUGAAUGGAGUAAAUAUUUAUGUAAAUAAAUAUUUAUUAAUAUAUCUCCGAUUGUGUUCAUCAGAAAGAAAGAAGUCAUGUACACCUAGGAUGGCUUGAGGGUGAGUAAAGCUUGGGGUAAUUUUCGUUUGUAAUGUGAGCUAAUCUUUUAAGUGCCUUUCUCAGGUAAGGAACAACUUAUCAAUUGGAAGUAGUGUGCACACAUCCAAACUUGGGUAUAGGUGCCUGACGAAGACCUUGUUUGAUCGAUAUAUAAUGCAAUAUAUUAACGUUUCUUUGAUUAAGGAACAUGUUAUGACAUUUUGAUGAAUGACUACUAAAACAAACUUUAAAUGAGUACAUAAUUUUUUGGUUAUGAUUUAAUGUUGACUUUAGCAACACCACUCCAUGCAACUCAAGAUUGAGCAUUAGCUCCAGCAGCUGUAAUGGAACAUCAUUUGCGUUGGCUGAGAAUCAGACCCAGGUGUCCCGCAUAGCGGGAACAUUCUACCGCUGAACUAGCAAUGCUUUUCUUGCAAGCCCAAGGCUGUGCAUUUCCAAGCAGGUCUUCUUUCAGACCUGACAUACAUGAAAUAAAUGGCCAGUAAUAAUCCAGCAACCUCAUGAAACCAUCUACCACCUGCUUCAGCUGGCUGUGAGAUCUUCUUGAGCUCUUCGCUUAAGGUCGGUGCAUGCAGUGUAGUUUUUUUUUUCCUACCUUUUAUGAUUGUUGCUUGUCAGAAAUGUAUGUUGAAUGUAAUGUAUGUUGCUUUAGAAAGCAUCUACCAAAUGUGUAAAUGUAAAUAAGAUCCUGCAUAAAAGCCAGUGGUCAACUGUGUCAAACAAGCAAUUGACAGAGUUGUUCAGUCGGGUCGUUUUGACGUAACAAAUUAUGUUUUAUUAACAAAGUUCGGGAGGAGCAUGUUCAGAUAUUUAACACAGGAGGAGCUUAUUCAGUUAAUCAACUCAAUUAGCAUCAGGAGGUAUAUACAGCAGACUUACCUCUGUUCUAUGGCAGUUUUCCAGCAUCCAAAUUCCCAGCUUGAAGCCCUCCCCUCGGACAGCACACCAAAUACACAUAACCUUUAUUCUGUUUAAUUAUAUGUAAAUGUGAACUCGUGAAAGAAGUCAAGUGACUGAAGUCUAUGAUGUCUGGACAAAAGAGGGAAUUUGUGGAUCGAUCAUUUUUCAAAAUGAACUUGAGGUAAAUUUUAAGUAUGAUUAUGUUAAAGAGAAAACUAACAAGGUAUUGUACCAUUAUGUUUAUUUGAACUUGUAUUUUCUUUCUCUCACACAGAGUACGUCAUCAAUUGCUGUUCAAAUCUUUGAUUAAUCAGACAACUGUCGUAGGAGCUGCCACACAGCAGGACUUUGACGCAUCAUUUCUGACACUGUCAGAACUUCGUUAGAGGCUAAGAUUCAUCACAAGGGCAAAUAAUUGUUCUCCAGUGAGCAUGUCACACUGAACUCUCAAAGACCUGUGAUGAAACGAUUCAGAAAUUUUUCCCAGAUGCAAAAUCAUGGUGCACUGAGGCUUUACAAAGUCUGGGCCCUUAGUCACCAGUUUCACAUUUUUUGUUGAUCUAUUCCAUGCUGCCAAUGUACAUGCUGUGGGGAAGCCAGAGUUAUGCUGACUUGCAGUAGCUGUGGAUCAAAACUUCUGCAGAAUGAACAAAUUUAAGGUAAAUAUUCGAAUUUUCAUACAGUCAUGUUUAUUACAGUAGCCUGCUAUUCCCGGGACACUUGGAUCAUAGCACAAGGCAACAAAUGAUCAUUAACUCUCAUACAAGUUAGCAUUUAUUUAAUGAAAUGAGACAAUUAUGAGCAUGCCCGUAGCGUGUUCUCAUAAUCCGAGCUAGCUAUGGAAGAAUUACUAUGUGUUUACUGCACAUAAAUAAACAAUGACAUAAUUACAUAACGAUGCCAGGAAGAUGCGUUGAGGGCGGUUUUGAGAGACAGAAAGAGGGAAGCGGAAAAAUCCUUUUGCUUGCACACAGCAGGUGUCCCUUUCGAUUAACUGACGCUUAGAAUGCAUCCUGUCAUAUUUACUUGACCAUCACGCAGACAGAGAAACAGACUAUCUCUAACUCAUCUUCCCUCUCCUCUCGUGCUGUAUCUAGCCACCAUGUCUUAACCCUCCCAUCAAGUCUUGCAGUUCAACAAGUGGAAAAUCAAAUCAUAUUUCAAAAGACUGCACAAUAAAACACACUUAAAGGACUUUGAGAUUUCCUUGGCAUUGGGUUUCCCCAAAUACCCCUUCUUUCUCUCUUAUUCUCUCUCGCUCUCCCACUGUUUCUUCAUUUGCAGAAAGCCUCCUCCCACUUGUCCUUUUGAGUCAUACAAAGAAACACACUAGAAGGGCAUUCUCUCUCUCUUUCUGUCUUUUUCUCUCUGUCUCUCUCAAUCCUACUUCCUUCCUCAACGCCCAAACACUUCUCUCCACUCACCUGCUGAAACAGUGAAUGCUCUCUCUCUCUCUCUAUCUCUCUCUCUCUUUCAAGCAGGAAAGACAUACACACACUCAUCUGAGAUCCUUGGUGGUUCUCAUUUCCCUUCUCAUCUCCGUGAGCACCUGACAUUGAGGGAGCUUGUUCCCUCUCACUUCCAGAGGUCAAUAUUCCGGCUUGUGGUGAGAGCUCCGCGCUGGCGGCCCAGCCCCUUUCCCGCUUCAGCCUGGGACGGAAGACCCUGCUGGGGGCUGGCGUGGCCGUCAUGCUGCUCUUGGUACUGGUGGUCCUCAUUCCUGUUUUGGUUCACGUGGCAGGCAGCAGCGAAAACGGAGGUCAGUACGAGAUGCUGGGCACUUGCCGAAUGGUCUGCGAUCCGUUCUUGGAAAAAACUGGCACUACGGCUGGUAUCGGUACGGGAACAGCUAUCACUAAUACGCAACUGGAAGCCGAGGCACUGACUGAUCAUAGCAUGGGACCUCCGUUGCCGACCUAUGCCCACGGACCACAGGGCAAACCCGGCCGGCAAGGGAAACCAGGGCUACCGGGACCUCCAGGACCCCCGGGACCACCUGGAGAGCCUGGUCCUCCAGGACCAAUGGGGCCACCGGGAAAUAAAAACCACACAGAGCGACCAGAGAUCUUCGCUCUGGGUGGAAGAACAGCUACCGGAAUGGGCACAGCGGUUUAUACCAUGGGACCCCGCGUGGCCUUCUACGCAGGUCUGCGAAACCCGCAGGAGGGCUAUGAGGUUCUGAGGUUUGACGACGUAGUUACAAACAUUGGGAAUAACUACGAUGGAUCGACUGGGAAAUUUGUGUGCAAGGUUCCAGGAACGUACUUCUUCACAUACAACGUCCUCAUGAGAGGAGGGGAUGGAACCAGUAUGUGGGCAGAUCUUCUGAAAAAUGGACAGGUGAGAGCCAGUGCCAUCGCCCAGGAUCAGGAUCAGAGUUAUGACUACGCUUCAAACACGGUCAUCCUACACCUGGACCCUGGGGACGAGAUCUUCAUCAAGCUGGACGGUGGGAAGGCACACGGCGGAAACAGCAACAAGUACAGCACUUUCGCUGGCUUCAUUCUGUACAGUGAUUAGAGGUCAAGAGGUCACUGAAAUAAGUCUCAUUGAUUGAAGUUGUAAAUCUGAUAUUUACCUGAAAUUAACAGCUAUACACACAUAACUGAGUCACAAAACACAAGAUAAUUUGUUUAAAGGGUCAAAUGAUUCAUUAUGCACCCUGAAGGGAAUGGCCCUGUAUGUUUCGGUGUAGCAGGCACUUGGUUUUAAAGCCUGGAUCCUGUGAGAACACAACAGGAAGUGGUUUUCAAUUCUUGAAUCUGCCCAGAAACCUUUCACAGACAAGCUGAAAUCAACCAGAAGGAGAGAGCAGGGCUUCAGGGUUUCAUCAGAGUCGUAUCUGACUGAAAACCCAGUCAAGUCAGUGUUGAUAUUUCAUUAUGAUGUUGUCUUUGUAUGUAUGAUCAAUCUGUGAAUCUACACUGAUGUUUAUCAAUGUGUCCGACAUAAUGUGAAGUGAAUGAUGUUAAAUUAUUCCCUAAAAUCUUAAUAAGAUGAGCGUAUGCACCUGGUUUUGACUGCUGUAAAUUACACCUUGUCCGUUGUAGAUCAUAGUAUUUGUGAUUGAUGUGUGGAUGUGGAAAUACUAGCACAAAUAAAGCUCAGCAUUCAUUUCAGCUUUUAGCUAAAGUUAAAUCCGUUCAUUGUAGUUUUUACUAAUCAAUUAGGAAGUAUGUGGCUUUCUUAGCUAAUAAAAAACCCAUUAGCCUACUAAAAGUUAACAAUGGAUGGAGAUCUAACUGUAACAGUGAUAUCUCGUUUAUAAUGAUGAGCACAUAUCUAAAACGAUGUACUGUAUAUAUCACAAUAAUCAUGACCUGUACAAUGUAUCUAAAUAUCUUCUGUUCUAAAUGUAACAGCUAGAUUUUUGCUUUUGCUAAUAAAUGGGAUUUUUGUAACAUUUUGGGUCACUC